CUCACGAUUCACGAGCUGAGAGCGCAUCGGCUGUCGCCAAUUGCUCCGUGGCUUGGCUCUGCACCCUUCACCUGCUGCUUCCUCUUCAUCUCUCUUCCUCUCACUAGCAAGAGUGAACAGCAAAACCAACAAUGGCGGCGGCAAAAGUUAUGGCGACCGUAGCGGCGAGCAACACCGCCACAGCUGCCUUGCUAUUCAGAGGCCCACUGCGGAGAUCGCACGGCUUCAGUCUCGGCCUCAACUGCAACAGCAAUGGAUUGGCACCGAAGCGGAGGCUCUUCACUUGUCGUGCUCUGUACAAGCCCGAGGUUCAGAUCAAGGAGGAAGGCCAGCCCGAAACCCUAGACUACCGAGUGUUCUUGGUGGAAAAUUCCGGCAAGAAGGUUUCUCCCUGGCAUGAUAUACCAUUACACUUGGGCGAUGGUGUUUUUAAUUGUAUUGUUGAAAUACCCAAAGAAACAAGUGCGAAGAUGGAAGUUGCUACUGAUGAGGCACACACUCCCAUAAAGCAGGAUACAAAGAAAGGAAAACUUCGAUACUAUCCAUACAAUAUAAAUUGGAAUUAUGGAUUGCUUCCACAAACAUGGGAAGACCCAUCAUUUGCAAACCCUGAAGUUGAGGGGGCAUCUGGAGAUAAUGAUCCAGUUGAUGUUGUUGAGAUUGGUGAAACUCGUGGAAAGAUAGGGCAGAUUAUGAAGGUCAAGCCCUUGGCUGCUUUGGCAAUGAUUGAUGAAGGGGAGCUUGACUGGAAAAUAGUUGCGAUUUCCUUGGAUGAUCCACGAGCUUCACUUGUUAAUGAUGUUGAUGACGUGGAAAAACAUUUCCCGGGCACUCUUACUGCAAUCAGGGAGUGGUUCAGGAACUACAAGAUCCCCGAUGGGAAACCCGCCAACAAGUUUGGCCUUGGCAACAAGCCAGCGAGCAAGGAUUUUGCUCUUAAGGUAAUCACCGAGACCAAUGAAUCUUGGGCCAAGCUUGUGAAGAGAUCAAUUCCUUCUGGCGAGCUGUCACUUUGUUGAUGGAGGGGCAGUUGCUUAUGAGGAGGACGACAUUCCUUCUGUGUGGCCAAGGUGGGUACUGUGAUUUCUUCAGGCCAAUAUCAGAGUGAUUAAUUUCUUCCAUUAGGGAGCUAAUUUUUUGGGUUGAUUCUUGUUUCCUCUGUUGAAUUAGUGCAGCUUCUCUGUUUUACCAGAACUUGUAAUAUUGAGAGAGAGAUUGAUUAUGCUCAUUGUAACUGAGAUGGGAUGAACUCUUUCAUGUGGCUGCAUAACUGAGUUUGAGUUUCUGUCUAGUGUUUUUAUUCAAUAAGUAGAUGCGUGGCUAGUGCUAUGCAUGGGCAAAGCUAAAAUGUAAAAGAUCUUAAAUGAAGGUUAUUCGAUGACAAUUAAAAGUUGUAAUUUAGUUUUCA